CCACGCAAUCUGAAGUACAUUUUUUUAACGUGGAGUCUUAAAGUAACAUACACAAUUCCCAGUUUUUCUCUUCAUAAAUGACAAAGUAUUACUUGUUGGUUUCUCUCAUUGCUGGCUUCAUAACAGCAUUUAAAGAGACAAAUCCGCAGCCAGAGGUCAUCACUGAACUCGUUCGUGGAUAGCUUCCACAUUUAAAGGGCUUUUAUAAGAACAAAAACGAGAAGGUGAUCUGUGUUAAGAAUUUGACUCCAGAAGAAAUACUACUUUAUGCCAACAGGCUAAGAAGUUCAUUGGGAAGAAAAGUUGUGAAACUGAAGACGAGACAUGUCACCAAGCACCCUGUCGUGCAAGGAACAUGGGCAACUGAUGUGAAAUUUUGAGACGCAGUGAUACCUUGA